AUGAUCGCGUCGCAGCCGCGCCGGGUCCGGCCCCUCGCCGCCGUCUCCCUGGUGCUGUUCCUCCUCCUCCUGUACAGCCGCUCCGAUGGUGGCUCGCCGCGCGCCGCGCGGCUUCUGGGCUCCGGAUUGCAUCCGGCGCACCGUAGGUUCCUCUCCGAUGCCGACCCUGCCGGCCCCGCCGCAUCCAGCGCCGCGAAUCCUUCGGGGUCCGCUACGCUGAAUGGCGAGCAGCCGGAGCACCCUUCCACGGCGUGCUCGGGCAUCGCGCGGCACGAGGGGUUCGGGACGCAGUGCGAGUUCCUCCGGGCCCACCCGCAGUGCAGCUCCGGUGGGUUCGUCGACUACCUAGGCUUCUUCUACUGCAGAUGCGAGAGGUUCAGGGUGCUGGGCUACGCGGUGCUCGGGGUAUGCCUGGCCGCGCUGUUCUAUAUGCUGGGCAAUACCGCUGCCGACUACUUCUGCUGCAGCCUUGAGAAGAUGUCGGCACUGCUGCGGCUCCCACCCACCGUGGCUGGCGUGACGCUGCUCCCCUUUGGUAAUGGCGCUCCCGAUGUGUUUGCUAGCAUCGCGGCGUUUAUGGGGAGCGGAGCUGGUGAUGUUGGGCUGAACAGUGUGCUCGGUGGAGCUGUAUUCGUGACCUGUGUUGUGGUUGGGGCAGUGUCAUUGUGCGUUGCGGAGAAGAAUGUGCCGAUUGAUCGGAGGUGCUUUGUGAGGGAUGUUGGGUUCUUUCUGGUGACUCUGCUCGCUUUGUCUGUAGUGUUGAUCGUUGGGAAGGUGACUGUUUGGGGAGCUAUGAUGUUUGUGUCGAUUUAUGCAGUCUAUGCAUUUGUUGUGGCUGCAAAUGAGGUGUUGAGGAAACAUGCCAGGAGACUGAAGUUUGAUGUGGUCACACCAUUGCUGCCUGUGAGGGCAAGUAUAUUUGAACAAGGAGCAGAGGAGGAUGAUUCAGUGUACAGUUCACUUCUUGAGGAGGAUGCAGAUGGUGAGGCGGCCCAAAUGAAUACAUCCUUGCCUCAGUGGAUGUGGGCUUCUCAUGUGGCCAUCUACUCAAAUCAUGGAAAUAGAGUUGGUUCGCCUGACAGCUCAAGGCCAUUGUGGGGUUGGAGUGAGGGAGAAGUGGAUAACUCCACGUUCAAUAUUUCCAGGCUGUUUUCGUUUAUGGAGCUUCCCUUGACGAUACCAAGAAGGUUGACAAUUCCGAUAGUGGAGGAAGACCGCUGGUCGAAAGAAUAUGCUGUUGCAAGUGCUUGCUUGGCGCCUGUUCUUUUGGCAUUUUUAUGGAGCAGUCAGGAUACAGUAUCCACAAAGGUUAGCAUAGCAGCAUAUGUUAUGGCUGUCAUUCUGGGGAUCGCACUUGCUGCCCUUGCUUUCCUGUUCACCAGUAACGAGCGUCCUCCACGGAGAUUUUUGUUCCCAUGGGUUUUUGGAGGCUUUGUGAUGAGCAUCAUCUGGUUCUACAUCAUUGCUAAUGAACUGGUUGCACUUUUGGUUGCUUUGGGUGUGAUACUGGGAAUUAAUCCUUCAAUACUUGGGCUAACAGUGUUAGCAUGGGGGAAUUCAAUGGGUGACUUGAUGUCAAAUGUCGCUUUAGCGAUGAAUGGAGGGGACGGCGUGCAGAUUGCCAUGUCUGGAUGUUAUGCAGGACCUAUGUUUAAUACACUUGCUGGUUUGGGUAUAUCGAUGCUGCUUGGAGCUUGGUCAACAGCACCCAAUUCGUAUGUUCUUCCGCAAGACUACUCUCUUAUUUACACAAUGGGCUUUCUUGUUGCUGGAUUGAUCUGGGCUCUUGUUAUGCUGCCGAGAGGUGACAUGCGGCCUAACAAGAUACUUGGAGUUGGCCUCAUUGCUCUUUACUCAAUUUUUCUUUUUGUUAGUGUAAGCAAUGCUGUCGGCAUAUUGCCACUGCCUGGCUUGAGUUAG